AUGCUAGAACUAGUGAUCUCACCCAGCCUCACUGUAAACAGCGACUGUCUGGAUAAACUGAAGUUUAACCGUGCUGACGCCGCUGUGUGGACACUGAGUGGCAGAGAAGGCAUCACCAAAUCGGCGCCCCUGAGAGCGAGCCAGCUUUGCACAGCGAGACCUUGCGUGGGCGUCCUGCCCAGCCAGCCUUCCACAGCCAUGGCAGCCUACGGCCAGGCGCAGUACAGUGCGGGAAUCCAGCAGGCUGCCCCCUACACAGCAUACCCGCCCCCAGCACAGACCUACGGAAUCCCUUCUUAUAGCAUCAAGACGGAAGACAGCCUGAACCAUUCCCCUGGCCAGAGUGGAUUCCUCAGCUAUGGCUCCAGCUUCAGCACCCCGGCCGCUGGACAGAGCCCGUAUGCCUACCAGAUGCACGGCACGACGGGCAUCUAUCAAGGAGCAAAUGGACUGACCAGCACGGCCGGCUUCGGGAGCGUGCACCAGGACUACCCCUCCUACCCCGGCUUCCCCCAGAGCCAGUACUCCCAGUAUUACAGCCCGUCCUACAACCCGCCGUACGUGCCGGCCAGCAGCAUCUGCCCGUCGCCCCUCUCCACGUCCACCUACGUCCUCCAGGAGGCAUCUCACAACGUCCCCAGCCAGAGUUCAGAGUCGCUUGCCGGUGACUACAACACACACAAUGGACCUUCCACGCCGGCCAAAGAGGGUGACACGGACAGGCCGCAUCGGGCCUCUGAUGGGAAGCUCCGAGGCCGGGCUAAAAGGAGCAGCGACCCCUCCCCAGCAGGGGACAACGAGAUCGAGCGUGUGUUCGUGUGGGACUUGGAUGAGACAAUAAUUAUUUUUCACUCCUUACUCACGGGGACUUUUGCAUCCAGAUACGGGAAGGACACCACGACAUCCGUGCGCAUCGGCCUGAUGAUGGAGGAAAUGAUCUUCAACCUGGCAGACACGCAUCUGUUCUUCAACGACCUGGAGGAUUGUGACCAGAUCCACGUUGAUGACGUCUCGUCAGAUGACAAUGGCCAAGAUUUAAGCACAUAUAACUUCUCUGCGGAUGGCUUCCACAGUUCGGCCCCGGGAACCAACCUGUGCCUGGGCUCGGGCGUCCACGGCGGCGUGGACUGGAUGAGGAAACUGGCAUUCCGCUACCGGCGGGUCAAGGACAUGUACAACACCUACAGGAACAACGUGGGCGGCUUGAUAGGCGCUCCCAAAAGAGAGACCUGGCUGCAGCUCAGAGCCGAACUGGAAGCGCUCACAGACCUCUGGCUGACGCACUCCCUGAAGGCUCUGAACCUCAUCAACUCCCGGCCCAACUGUGUCAAUGUGCUGGUCACCACCACUCAGCUAAUUCCUGCUCUGGCCAAAGUCCUGCUGUAUGGGCUGGGUUCCGUGUUCCCUAUUGAGAACAUCUACAGUGCAACCAAGACAGGGAAGGAGAGCUGUUUCGAGAGGAUCAUGCAGCGGUUCGGCAGGAAGGCUGUCUACGUGGUCAUCGGAGACGGCGUCGAAGAGGAGCAAGGAGCCAAAAAGCACAACAUGCCCUUCUGGCGGAUAUCCUGCCACGCUGACCUGGAGGCACUGAGGCACGCCCUGGAGCUGGAAUAUUUAUAGCAAGAUGAGGGGCAUCUCCACCUGUCGGCCCACCCUCCAGGCUCCCUCGCCCUCCCCUCCUCCCGCCAAGAACUCCAAAGACCCGGACGCUGGACACCAGACAGGGUCCUCGCAGCCAAGAGGAUGUGUCCAGUGACCAUCGCAGAGGCCCAGACAAGGGGCCCCAGAAGCCAAGCGGCUGGCAUUGACUACAGAAGACUCGACUGCCGGGAAAAAGGGCUGGCUCGGAGUCCAGAAGUUUCUGCGAGACUCUCAGAACACAGCAAGGACCUGCUGGGUUGAGGGGGGGCUGUGAGGAGGGGGGAUCAUUCGUUUUCUUUUUAAUUUAUGGACUAAUCCCAUUACUCUGGCAUUAUGUUCUUGUGCUUGUGUUGGUUUUCUUAGUCGUUGGCUCGGUUUUGUUUUUUCAGCUGGCAUGUGGGGUGGUUCACGGUUCUAAUUUAAGCACUCUCUUCUCCAAGUCGUGCUUCGGGGGACAAUCAUUCUUUGAACGUUAGCCAGGGAGGCGAUUCGGGCUGUUGGGGAAACUAUGGCUUAUUUUUGUUUUAAAGACCCUACUGGACGUCAUGUGGACAUUGCACGUGCCUUACGCUGCCAUCUUGUUUUCUAGGACGAGGGGGACACUGGGAAGGAUAGCAGUACUUUGUGAUGGAUAAAAGGCAUUAAAUAAAACCACGUUUACAUUUUGAAGUGGGGUAGGGUGGAGUCGCUUUUUACCACGCUUGGGGCUUCCAAAUGUGUUGGGCUUUUUCAGUUGUGGAAGAAUAAAACGCAACGGAAACUGGCUUAAGCCAAGAAAAAGGGAGAGGGAGGAAGAGGUUUGGGGUGAAACAGAUGAACCUUCUGCUUAAUCCUGAAAUUAAAGUACCUAGGUGGUCAGCUA